UCCCCUCUAUAUCAUGUGAUUCAGGUAUUCCAAUCCCCUCCAUAUCAUGUGAUUCAGGUAUUCCAAUCCCCUCCGUAUCAUGUGAUUCAGGUGUUCCAAUCCCCUCCUAUAUCAUGUGAUUCAGGUAUUCCAAUCCCCUCCGUAUCAUGUGAUUCAGGUAUUCCAAUCCCCUCCGUAUCAUGUGAUUCAGGUGUUCCAAUCCCCUCCGUAUCAUGUGAUUCAGGUGUUCCAAUCCCCUCCGUAUCAUGUGAUUCAGGUGUUCCAAUCCCCUCCGUAUCAUGUGAUUCAGGUGUUCCAAUCCCCUCCGUAUCAUGUGAUUCAGGUGUUCCAAUCCCCUCCAUAUCAUGUGAUUCAGGUGUUCCAAUCCCCUCCAUAUCAUGUGAUUCAGGUGUUCCAAUCCCCUCCGUAUCAUGUGAUUCAGGUGUUCCAAUCCCCUCCGUAUCAUGUGAUUCAGGUGUUCCAAUCCCCUCCGUAUCAUGUGAUUCAGGUGUUCCAAUCCCCUCCAUAUCAUGUGAUUCAGGUGUUCCAAUCCCCUCCGUAUCAUGUGAUUCAGGUGUUCCAAUCCCCUCCAUAUCAUGUGAUUCAGGUGUUCCAAUCCCCUCCCAAUCAUGUGAUUCAGGUGUUCCAAUCCCCUCCAUAUCAUGUGAUUCAGGUGCUUCAAUCCCCUCCCAAUCAACUGCAUCCAAGCCUUCCAUCACCAAGUGCAAUGCAAAGCGUCAGAUGCUGUGGUGUAAAGCACGCUGCCAC